UCCGGCUCCAGGGGUGUGUCCGCGCCCGCGCGGCCGUGGAAGUGCGCAGGCGCGCGGGCCCGGCGCGCGCAGGCGCUAGGAGGAGGCAGCUCCAAGUCCGGUCUGGGGGUGUCCGAGCCGCUGCGGCGCAAGAGGAGUGGCCGGAACUGGUUGAAUAUCCACGUUUCAGUUUCUGUGCUUAUCAAAAGUUUUAAUUCAUCAUGGAUAAUCUGUCAUCAGAAGAAAUUCAGCUGAGAGCCCACCAGGUUACUGAUGAGUCUCUGGAAAGCACAAGGAGAAUGCUGGGUUUAGCCAUUGAGUCUCAGGAUGCAGGAAUCAAGACUAUCACUAUGCUGGAUGAACAAGGGGAACAACUAAACCGCAUAGAAGAAGGCAUGGACCAAAUAAAUAAAGACAUGAGAGAGGCAGAGAAGACUUUAACAGAACUCAACAAGUGCUGUGGCCUUUGUGUCUGCCCAUGUAAUAGAUUCUCAGAUGUUCAUUGUUUCUAUGAAACCAGGACAAAGAACUUUGAGUCUGGUAAGGCCUACAAGGCAACAUGGGGAGAUGGUGGAGACAACUGUCCUAGCAAUGUAGUAUCUAAGCAGCCAGGUCGAGUGACAAAUGGUCAGCCUCAACAAGCAACUACUGGCACAGCCAGCGGUGGAUACAUUAAACGUAUAACUAAUGACGCCAGAGAAGAUGAAAUGGAAGAGAACCUGACCCAAGUGGGCAGUAUCCUAGGAAACCUAAAAAACAUGGCCCUGGACAUGGGCAAUGAGAUUGAGGCUCAAAAUCGACAAAUAGACCGGAUCACGGAAAAGGCUGACACCAACAAAGAUCGUAUUGACAUUGCGAAUGCCAGAGCAAAGAAACUCAUUGACAGCUAAAGAUGCUGCUGUACUUACCAUUUAUUCACUUCUCUAGCUCCUCCUUCAAAGUCAUUACCUUUUCAAAGUUUGAAGUUUUGGUCCCAUGCUCUUCUAAUUACAAGAUAAUGUGCAAGAAGGGUUAGGAGUACAGACCCCUAUUUUUUAUGUUCUCUUUUCCCUUGAGGGUAGACUACUGCUCAGCCUUCCUUCUAGUAUUUUUUUUUCCCUCGGUUUAUACUCUUAGAUUGGUUUUUGUACAUCAUAUAUAGUGUUAUUUUUCAUCGUUCCCAUUUACUUUAGCAGGUUCUUCUGCUUUCGAGAUUUGGAAGCAUUGCCAAAGACAGCCAUGAAAAAGGAAGCUGGAGGCAGGGAGAGGGGCAGCAAGAAGGAGAGGCAAGAGAUAAGAGGUUGUUACCUCAGGAAAACCUGCAGGCCACAAAGCAAAAGUUGCAAAGCCACAGUAAAGAUUUAGUUCGGUUUAGUUUUUAACUUAAGUUGCAUUUAUUGCCAAUUUAGGCUAAGACUUGGUUUCAGAGCUUUUAUGCACAAAAUUUUUGUUAUACACAACUUGGCAACCUCUACUCCAAAAACACAGAAUUAAUUUUCUUAAAGUGAGCUUAGUUUCUGAACUUUUGGUGAUUCAUGUAUGUACAUAGAUUCUGUGAUCACAUUUUAUAUUGCACCAUAUAGGAACACUUUGUAUAAAAGAAUGGCUUUUUAUUUUCACAUUAUUAGUACUAUCAUGGUCCCAUUACAUGCCUAUUAACCUCAUAAAAUUGUCAUUAGUUUUUGAAGAAAAAAUAUGUAAAUAUGUAUGUAUAACAGGAUUUCUCUCUAAAGCAGGGCUUAAAUUUUUUGGAAAAGUUUGACAAAGUGUAUCACGUGAAUUCAGAUUUACCUCAAUGCCAAGAAUUAUGUUUAGAUCGAAAAAAAAGAAACUUGUUUUGAUCUCAGGUAGAAAAAUAGUUACAUUGCUUUGAGUUUUUUGUAGCUUUAGACUUUACAAAAGCUAGAAUUUAUUGUUUAAAAGUGAUUUGGAAAAUAAUGCUUUUGGUUUAAUUAUUGAUGAUUGCACUAUCACUCAACUAGCCUUGUGGAUUGAAUUAUGUCCAGAAUCACGUUUAUUUAGAUCCUGAACAGUGUUAUAAGAAUCUGAUUGGUAUUUGUCACCUUUAUUUAAAAACUAGUGUCUGUACACUUUAGAGCUAUUAAUGUGGAUUGGUUUGACCAAUAACCACUGCUUGAUCUUUACAAUUAAAUUUUAUAACUAA